GUGACCAGCGCCAUGUCCAGCCAGGUGGUGGGCAUUGAGCCUCUGUACAUCAAGGCAGAGCCAGCCAGCCCUGACAGUCCUAAAGGUUCCUCAGAGACCGAGACUGAACCCCCUGUAACCCUGGCUCCUGGUCCAGCUCCCACCCGCUGCCUUCCGGGGCACAAGGAGGAGGAGGAUGGGGAAGGGGCUGGGCCUGGUGAGCAGGGUAGUGGAAAGCUGGUGCUCAGCUCCCUGCCCAAACGCCUUUGCCUGGUCUGUGGGGAUGUGGCCUCUGGCUACCACUACGGUGUGGCAUCCUGUGAGGCCUGCAAAGCCUUCUUCAAGAGGACCAUCCAGGGGAGCAUCGAGUAUAGCUGUCCAGCCUCCAACGAGUGCGAGAUCACCAAGCGGAGACGCAAGGCCUGCCAGGCCUGCCGCUUCACCAAGUGCCUGCGGGUGGGCAUGCUCAAGGAGGGGGUACGCUUGGACCGUGUCCGGGGAGGGCGACAGAAGUACAAACGGCGGCCAGAGGUGGACCCACUGCCCUUCCCAGGUCCCUUCCCUGCAGGGCCCCUGGCAGUAGCUGGAGGCCCCCGGAAGACAGCCCCUGUGAAUGCACUGGUAUCGCACCUGCUCGUGGUUGAGCCUGAGAAGCUGUAUGCUAUGCCCGACCCUGCUGGCCCUGAUGGGCACCUCCCGGCCGUGGCUACCCUCUGCGACCUCUUUGACCGAGAGAUUGUGGUCACCAUCAGCUGGGCCAAGAGCAUCCCAGGCUUCUCGUCACUGUCACUGUCUGACCAGAUGUCAGUACUGCAGAGCGUAUGGAUGGAGGUACUGGUGCUGGGUGUGGCCCAGCGCUCACUGCCCCUGCAGGAUGAGCUGGCCUUUGCUGAGGACUUGGUCCUGGAUGAAGAGGGGGCACGGGCAGCUGGCCUUGGGGAGCUGGGGGCAGCCCUACUGCAACUGGUGCGGCGCCUGCAGGCCCUGCGGCUGGAGCGAGAGGAGUAUGUCUUGCUGAAGGCCCUAGCCCUUGCCAACUCAGACUCUGUGCACAUUGAAGAUGCCGAGGCUGUGGAGCAGCUUCGAGAAGCCCUGCAUGAGGCCCUGCUGGAGUAUGAAGCUGGCCGGGCUGGCCCUGGAGGGGGUGCUGAGAGGCGGCGGGCAGGCAGGCUGCUGCUCACCCUACCACUCCUCCGUCAGACAGCGGGCAAAGUGCUGGCCCAUUUUUAUGGGGUGAAGCUGGAAGGCAAGGUGCCCAUGCACAAGCUGUUCUUGGAGAUGCUCGAGGCCAUGAUGGACUGAGGCAAGGGGUGGGACACGUCAGGGCGCUGACAGGACCUGCUCAUCGUGGGGUCAGCCCUAAGGGGGCCGACUGGGGUCUGGGCAGUGCUAUAGCCUGCUGGCAGGGCCAGGGCAAUGCCAUCAGCGCCUGGGAGCAGGCCCCAUGCCCUCCUCUCCCUCCUCGUGGGGGUGUCAGGAGCUGGGAAUGUGAAUGCCCAGACUGGGCACAGUGCUGCCCCUUGCAAGCCAUAAUGUGCCCCCAAGAAUGUAGGGGGCCUUGCGGAAGCCAUAGGGGGCUGCAGGGGAUGUGGCAGGCAGAAACCCAAUCUCAGGGAGGGAAGGGGAUGGAGGCCAGAGUCUCCCAGUGGGUGAUGCUUUUGCUGCUGCUUAAUCCGACUUCCUCUCGAGUAGAGGGGGACUUGGGAGAGCAAAGGCCCCUGCCCCCUUCGCUCCUCUCCUCAUCAUUUGCAUUGGGCAUUAGUGCCCCCUCGAAGCAAUAACUCCAAGCAGGCUCCAGCCCCUGGAUCCCUGGGGCAGCCAGGGCCCCCCAUGAGCUCCCACCUAGCCUCCUCAAGGGGUCAGGAGAGCACUGCCUCUAUGCCCUGCAGAGCAAUAACACUAUAUUUAUUUUUGGGUUUGGCCAGGGAGGCGCAGGGACUUGGGGAAGCCAGGGCCCAGAGCCCUUGGCUGUACAGAGACUCUAUUUUAAUGUAUAUUUGCUGCAAAAAGAAACCGCUUUUGGUUUUGAACCUUUAAUGAGAGAGAGAAAAAAAGAUAUACUAUGGAGCUCAA